AGGGACGCCGCGCUUCUCCAUGAAGGACCCCCGACACCACUUAUUUCGGGGUCCAACGGCUUUGGAAUUUCAUUCAGGACUCAUCACUCAAAUAUGGAUGGGUCCUACGCAGAACGGAGCGGACGAGAACGGGUCCAUAACGGAGACGAUACCCGACCGACCGGUGGAAAUCAAGAACUUCCCGAAGCUGUGCGAGCAACGCCGCAAGUUUCCGGUGCUAUACAAACUAGAGUUCCAGACAGCCGUAAAAGUGGAGAAUCAUUCAUGUCGACACGCCACAAAGAAGACGAAUCUACAUAAAAACCAAAAUCAAAAAGUUAUACCUUAUGAUUACAACAGAGUGGUGCUAGAUUCAGUGGACCGGGAGCCUGACUCCGAUUAUAUUAAUGCUUCCUAUAUAGAUAGUGUUUUAAAACCCAACGCAUACAUAGUGACGCAAGGCCCGACAGAGGACACAGUAGUCAGUUUCUGGCGGAUGAUCUGGCAAGAGAGGGCAGCCGCUAUUGUAAUGCUCACCAAAACCUUCGAUUUCAUCAAGGUAAUGUGUGUUCAGUAUUGGCCUCCCAACAAAGAAAAGGACGAAUCCUACGGUGACAUUAGUGUAGGGAUCGUUCAAGAAGAGGAACUGGCCAAUUUUCACAUACGGACCUUUCGACUAUACAAGACAGAGAAAGAUAUUGUGGUAGAAGAAAGGUAUAUUCUCCAGUUCCAUUACACUCAGUGGCACUCACAUACAUGUCCGUUCAGUAACGCACUACUAGAGUUUAGGAGACGCGUGCGUGCAGUCGUAGGACGAAGAUUAGCGACCAAUCCAGCUUCAGGUCCAAUGGUCGUACAUUGCAAUGAUGGCGGAGGGCGGUCAGGGGUAUACUUAGCUAUUGAUGCAAACCUAGAGUUGGCGGAAGAAGAAGACUGUUUUGAUGUUUUCGGAUAUUUGAAGAAACUUCGACAAUCUAGAAAAGGCCUUAUAGAAAAUGAAGAACAAUACAAAUUCGUGUACGAUACGUUAGAGGAGCAUGUCGUUUGCGGAAUAUCCUGGUUCCCCGUUUCGGAACUAUCUCAAAGACUGAAGCAGAAAUCACAAAGGGACCCCGUUUCUAAACUUAAUGAGUACCAAAAGGAAUACCAACAAAUUUGUAAGCAGACACCAAGGUUUACAAUCGGAGACUGCGCAGGAGGUCAUAGAGGUGACAACAGGGAAAAGAACAGAGACGUCCUAGUUGUUCCACCUGAUAAUUUUCGACCAUACUUGACGUCUUUCCAAGGAAAUAGUUUUACCGACUACAUCAACGCAGUUUUCGUAGACGGUUAUACAAAACCUCGAGAAUAUAUCGUAACAGAGUGGCCUUUGAUAAGAACACAAGGAGAAUUCUGGUCAUUAGUGUACGACUAUGAAUGUGCAGCUGUGGUUGUACUAUGUGUUCCUCCUAAAAACUCGCAACAAUUUCCUCCUUUCUGGCCCGAGGGUCGGCAUUCUAAGAAAUAUGGACCAGUGUUCACGAUAGAUCACGUCUCCCACAAUCACUACACAAACAUAAAGACAUGGAUAUUCAGGAUCAACAAAAAGAUUGUCUCGCUAACGGAAUUAAUGGCUGGAGUGAAAGCACCGCCGAAGACAGUCCAGCUGUUCCAACUGACGUGUUGGCCAAUGGGACAUAAAGUGCCAUCCUCCACCAACUCACUGGUGGAACUAAUGAACAUGGUUGAACGGUGGCGACAGCGCACUGACUACGGACCUGUUUGCGUCGUGUCGCCGGACGGUCGAAGUCGUGCUGGUGUUUAUUGCGCAGCGAACGCUUGUAUCGAACAAGUCAUACAACAUGGUGAGGUCGACGUAUUCCAGGCCGUAAAGACCGUGCGGCGACAUCGACCUCAACUUGUGGAAAACAUGACUGAAUACAAAUACUGCUAUGAUCUUGUGCUCCACUACGUGUUGCACUACUUAAACAAAGAUAUGAACGAAAAGAAGUUACUACCAGCUGCUGUGCGCCCUCCAAUACCACAUGCCGCCACCGUUGAAGCGCCCCGCCGCCCCCGCCGCGAUCGCCCUCCACUUCGUCGCUCUAUUCGGCUCGAGGACGACGACGCUGCCGCUGAGGAGCGCCGCCGCGUUUUCGUCCACGGUCCCCGCGCGCCUUCCUUCGACGAAGGCGACGCCAGCGAUGAGCACGAGGAGUGCGAUUGUGUCCGCCGCUCGCUUGAACGUUCGGGCCCCUCUGCCGAAACGGCCGACGACACUGAUCACGAACCGGAGCUCGCCGCCUCACCACCGUCCUUGGAGCCGGCGCCGCCGGACCCUCGGCCCGUUUCCUCGGACCGGGCGCUCACAGACCGCCGUGAGGGCUCGCUUGCGCCUCGUGCGCCUUUCCGUGCCCACUCUCAAGGUGUUUUUGAGCGCCGGUUACCGAGGAUCUAUAAAUUUGGUUUAAUGGAUAAGUCUAAACGCGCAAGUUCUAGUGCGCUCUACGAGCGAACCGAUCGCUCACCGACUGAGGCAUUUUAUAAUGCAACGGGUUCGACUAGGUUAAGUUCCCAAGAACUUUUUGAAAAAUUCUGCUCAGAGGAUUUCACGUCUCUAUACGGACGUGACGACGAUCGACGUCGUCGACCACCGCACUCGAAAUCGACUGGUAGUAGUGGAUCGGAUGUAAGACAUGAACGCACAUGUUGCCGGCGUAUUCCAUGUGGAUCACAGCCAGCUCUGACUCGGCGACAUGCAUGCCAUACAGCGCGAUCUGAUCGCUCAACAGACUCCGAGGAAUUAUCACCGCGACGAUCAGCUCCUCGACCGAUACCAGUCGACUCCGAGGUACUUCCGGAUGAUUGCUCUCGUUCGGCACCACUGCUCAGUCCCGACCGUUUUGAAGCACGCUUUACAUUCGAUAUAUCAGAACGCAGUGAGGUAACGUCGAAUCGAGACGAGACCCCUUCCGAUGCAACCGAGACUCGAAACCUGACGCUCUACGAAGAACCACAUUCGGAUCGCACGAGUUUAUGCGAACUUUAUGAUGCUGCAUUUUCAUCGCACCGACCGUCCUUCCGGCGCGACGGGUCGAGACGAAGAGGCAAUUUCGACCUGAGCUCACUCGACUUCCGUGCUAUAGAUGAUGAAAGCCCGUAUACGAGUCGCAGAACCUCCCAGCGCAGCGCUGACGAUACUCUACGGCAAAAUUCCGAAUCUAGCAGCUGGGUGUCAGAUUCCGUUUUCACUACACCCGAACGACGUAUCCCACAAGAGGCGUCGUCGCCAUCAUCGGUCGACACUCGAAGGCUAGCCGUGGCGAUAGACUCACCGAGAGCCGAUUCCGCGGCUGCCGACUCAACUCUCGCUGAUACAACAGUAAUAGAAGAGGAAGUGCCGAGCGUCAUCGAACGCACCGAGUACGCCCUAGCAUUAUCACUCGGUCGGAUAGAUUUGGACGAUGACAUGCCAUCGGAGCGGGCUGCGUCGACUCCGGCGGAGAGCAUAAGACUAUCUAGUCGGCCGUCGAUGCACAAGUUGGAGCCGAUCGAGCCGGAGCGGUUGUGUGGCGGAGGCAGUGAGGGAGACGCUAGUAGUAUGCGGUCGAGCGGGCGACGGCGCGGGGCCAGCGAGCCGCCGCGGCGGUCAGCGCGCUGCUUCCCGCUCUGA